UAAUUGUCAAGCAGAAGAGCACAGACCACCGUCUCCUCCAAGUUCCUAGCAGGUCCAUAACCAUUGUUUGUUAAAAGGAUUAUAUGCUGGGUCAAGGUGUCACAACUUUACAAUUAUUACAGCUUCUUCGGCAACUUGAUGUCAUAAAGCUAGUCAUGGAUGAAAAGACUAGAUGUUGAGAAGUGUCGAACAGAGUGACAGACAGCAUUUUUUCUUUCACCUGGGAAGAUGUUUCGAAGUCAAAUAUGAAGAAGACAUAAGAAAGAGCAAAGAAUACCCUGCUAUUAUUUGUUCUGUGUCUUCCCAGGAAGAACUUUUAGAGAGUCUGGAAGCUGAUGGCCUUUCUACAUUUGCAACUUUCCUUGCUUAGUAACAAAAAGCAUCUUGUGACUCAGUGGGUAUUAUUUUAAAAACUAAACAGAAACUAAGAAAGAGGUCUUUAGCUCAGUUUUAAUAUGGUUUCAUCAACAAACAUCCAACAAGGUGUGUUAAGCUUCAAAGAGACUAUUCUAAAGAAAACCAUUAUAAUUGCUUUGGAAUUAUUUAUGAAACAAGAAACGCCUAUGUUUUUCCUGGGAGCAAAUGAAAAAGAAGAAAUGUGGAUUCUCAAAUAUGUUCAUUAGGCUAGGGUUUUGCUCUCUCCUCUGCAUUUAUAAAGCCAGACUAGUAUUUCCAAUUAGUUUCUAUCUACAAUGUGGAAAUAAAGCUUCUCAUAACACUACCAAAUAUUUGCUCUUGGCUCUUUCAAAGAAAGGGCAGAGAGAAUCACAAACACCCUGGAUGAACAUUAACCAGUUUUGAUAAUGGGACUGACCUCUGAGAACAUCUCUGCCCCUGACUGCUUCAAUUGCACCCAGACUGUGGAGCAAGUAAAUAUUUUUAAAGCCAUAUUAUUAGGUGUCAUCUUUGGAGGGCUGAUAGUUUUUGGGGUCCUGGGCAACAUUGUGGUCAUCCUUUCCGUAGCCUGUCAUAAACAUCUACAAAUCGUAACCCAUUACUACAUUAUCAACUUGGCUGUGGCUGAUCUCCUCUUGACUUCUAUUGUUCUCCCCUUUUCUGCUAUUCUUGACAUCCUGGGCUACUGGGUUUUUGGGAGGAUCUUCUGCAACAUCUGGGCAGCCGUUGACGUUAUGUGCUGCACAGCUUCUAUCAUGAGCCUUUGUGUCAUCUCCAUAGACCGAUAUAUUGGAGUGAGCUACCCACUGAGAUAUCCAGCAAUAGUGACUGAAAAAAGAGGUCUCUUGGCUCUCCUGUGUGUGUGGGCAUUGUCGCUUGUGAUAUCCAUAGGUCCCCUUUUUGGCUGGAGACAACCAGCUCCAGAAGAUGAAACAAACUGCCAAAUCAACACUGACCCAAGUUAUGUAUUGUUUUCUGCUCUCGGGUCCUUCUAUCUCCCCCUGGUUAUCAUACUGGUGAUGUAUUGCCGGGUGUACGUGGUAGCCAAAAGGGAAAGCAAAGGAUUGUCAUGUGGCCUGAAGACUGAGAGGUCCCGCUCAGAAGAAGUGACUCUUCGUAUCCACCGCAAAAACAACACUGAAGCUGCAGGAGCUACCCCUACCAGCAAGCAGAAAUCCAAUUUUUCCUUAAGGCUUCUAAAGUUCUCUCGGGAGAAGAAAGCAGCCAAAAGCUUGGGAAUAGUUGUGGGAUGUUUCAUCCUGUGCUGGCUUCCUUUCUUUUUAAUCAUGCCAAUUGGUGCUUUCUUUCCUGACAGCAAGCCCUCCGAUACCAUUUUUAAAAUUGCCUUUUGGCUUGGCUAUCUAAACAGCUGCAUCAACCCCAUCAUUUACCCUUGUUCGAGUCAAGAGUUUAAAAAAGCAUUCCAAAAUGUCCUAAGAGCCCAGUGUCUCCGCAGGAAGUAUUCCUCCAACAAAUACUCCUUGAGCUUCACUCUCAAUCAACCAAGCAACCACGUUGCUGAAGCUCCCAAAGAUAUCGUACGUGUACCUGUUGGCUCUGGAGAACACUUCUACAAAAUUUCCAAAUCGGAUGGCGUGUGUGAGUGGAAACUUUUUUCAGCCGUGCAAAGCAUGUCGACCAAGAGCAGUGCUCCGAAAGAGAGGUCCAGCUGUUCUAGGGCCAAAGUGAAAAGCAAAGGUUUCCUGAGAGAGUGCUGCUGUGCAAGCACAUCAGGAGAAAACCCAAAGGACCAGCAAAUACCCACCAUUAAAAUACAUACUGUCUCCAUCAGUGAACAUGGAGAAGAUGUUUGAGGACCUUCCACCAUGUUGGUGGGAGUUCUCCAGUUUUAGAGUGUGUUUUCGUGGUUUUCUGUGCUGGCGGUUUGAUCACAAAAGGUCCGCAUUUUCAGUGGGUCACAACAGGAAGGUCAAUAAAGUUCAAAUCAGGUCAAACUCUGUAGAGAUGGAAACCAUGGAAAGACUUCCAUCCAAGGUGAUUGCUGUCCCAUUGGAUUCUAUGGGAAGUAGAACUGGGGUCCCUUGGGACUGGACUCCUUCAUGUUAUUCAGAUUUGAUUUCUUACUCUUUUAAAGGUUUUGUUGUAUCUUGUUAUUUUAAUUCAAAUUAUCUAGUCCUUCUUUUUGUAAUGAUCAGUGGCGUAAAAACAUUCUUGCAAUAUAUCCCACAAUAGAGAACCAUUAAUAUAUGUUCCGGCUUUCAUUGCAAGUGCUUUUUUUAAUUGUCAGCUUUUUUAUUGCGGAAUAACUCUGCAUUGUGAAGAUAAAUUUGACAAGGCUGCAGUGUAAGCUAAUAGAGAAAUUUGAGAGGGAGAGAUAUGACAUGAAGGUUUUUAACUUGACCCUCACCUUUUUAUUAAUGGAAUGAUUGUGGUCCUGUGAAAUUGUGAGUAACAUAAAGACUCCAUUGAUGCAAUGGGAGCUUAUAUCUAAGCCAUGACUCUAAUUUUUACUUUUUAAAGUUUGAAUAUAACUGUCUUUCCCCAACAGGCCUAGCUAUACUGCUGAGUUUUAUUGACUUAAUGCCAAUUUAAUUUAUGCCUUCCCAUCAAGAAUGCUGAGAAUUAUAAUGCAUUUUGAGUGUUCAAAAUUGUCUUUCUCUACCUUAGACUCAAUAGAGUAACUUUGGGAAAAGAGGGUUGCUAUUAAAUUUGUUAAUAUUUGUGGUAUAGUAGGGCACAGAGCUUUCUUUCAAUUGACUUUAGCUAAAUUAAAUUGCUUUCCUUGAGAUUACCAAACCAUAAAUCAAUCCUCUACAAAUUGGAUGAAAUCACUGAUCUGUCAGUUACUUAUUUUCUAUCAGAUAUUUUCCUCAUGAGUAUACUAUUAAAAAAGGAAUGCAGUACUUUCUUGUUAAUCCAGAAUAUUUGAAUUUGGUUUACAGUCCUAAAGACCUGAACCAACCAGGAAAUCAUGGCAAUGCAAAGUUCUGAAUGUUUUCAAUUUAUGAAUGGAUCCCAGUACAAUAAAACCUGAUUGUC